UCGCUUCCUCUCUUUGUGCCAUGUCGAGUCGACGGGUCACAUACUAUUACGAUCGUACAGAGUCCACCUGCACGAUUGGCUCCGCUGAACCUGUUACUGCAGCCGAUGUCGGGGCGUAUUCCUUCGGAUACAACCAAUACAUGAAACCCCAUCGCGUCAAAAUAACGCACGACCUCGUUUCGGCGUAUGGGAUGCUGGAUAAACUGAACGUACUGAAACCGAAUCGCGCAGGGCCAGAGCCAUGACGCGUUUUCACACCGACGAGUACAUCCAGUUUCUCAACAAAGUGACACCGGAGACAUAUACGAAGCUGAGUUACAAUGGCUCACGCUUCCUGGUCGGCGACGACAAUCCACCGUUCGAGGGUCUCUUUGAAUUCAGUUCCAUCUCUGCAGGCGGGUCAAUCGCUGCCGCGGAACGACUGAACGACGGAGCGGCGGACAUCGCGAUUAAUUGGGCUGGGGGCCUGCACCACGCGAAGAAGAACGAGGCAUCCGGCUUCUGCUACGUCAACGACAUUGUUCUCUGCAUUCUCGAGCUCCUUCGGAGUCUCCCCCGCGUGCUGUACAUCGACAUCGACUGCCACCACGGUGACGGCGUCGAGGAGGCGUUCUACACCACGGACCGGGUGAUGACAUGCAGCUUCCACAAGUUCGGUGCCUUCUUCCCCGGGAGCGGUACCCAGGAGGAUCAAGGUCGCGGCUAUGGCAAAGGCUAUGCGGUGAACGUUCCGCUGAAGGAUGGGAUAACGGACGAAGCGUACAAGAGCGUGUUUCAGCCGGUUAUCGCUAAGAUCAUGGAGGUGUUCCGCCCUUCCGCGGUGGUCCUCCAGUGCGGGGCAGAUUCCCUCGCUGGGGACAAGCUCGGCUGCUUCAAUCUGACGAUGCACGGACACGCGGCCUGUGUGCAGUUCCUACGGCAGCAGAACGUCCCGCUCGUCCUGCUGGGCGGUGGCGGAUACACCGUGAAGAAUGUUGCGCGGGCCUGGACGUACGAAACCGCCUGUGCGAUUGGGAUGGAGGCGGAAGUCGACCCACUCCUGCCGUACACGGAAUACUUUGACUGGUUCGGGCCGCGGUUCAGGCUGGAGGUGCCGGCGAGCAACAUGGACGACGUGAAUGUGCUGGACGGCUCGCUUAAUGUGGUCAGGUAAGUUUUCGUGCCGCUUUUGUCUCAGUGCAUCGGCGAAACGUUGUCCACAGGGAGAAAGCUCUGCGACAGCUGGCCCAGCUACCCCAUGCACCGUCUGUCGGCCUCCAAGAUGUCCCCUCUGAAUCGGUCGCAGAGCAUCUGAGACGGGGAUGGACUACGAUGAGCUAGAUAUGGAAUUAGCGCAACACAUCCGGUAUAUCAGCCACAUGCAGGACGAGGAUUCUGAGACCGAAUCCGAGGACUCGGAGAACGAGUCGCUCCCGCCUCGGAAACGACCGCUCAUGAGCAUCAUGACGAACGAAUACUACAUGCCGCCCUCGGCUCCGGACCCGACGCGCAAGUUCUUCACGGGACUGAAUCCGUUUCGCGCGGACCGGGAGAACGUGCUGGUCCAUGCUAGAGACGAUGCGAGGCUACGGAUGCUGUGAUCUAUCUGCUACCUGUUUUCUUAUCUUGUACUCCUUUGUAGUCGAUAGACGUGAUGUAUGAUGCACUUGCGCUUGAAAAACUUGGAUUGUUGCAGUUCGAUUUGGGGUUCUGGUCUUGGGCAUGGAACUGCGUAAGAAGCGUAGGAGCUUGAUAGAAAUGUCCAGCUAGAAGGAACAGAUGGA